CUUAUUCAUGUACUCUCCCGUUUCUGUGCCGAAGCUCGUCGCAGAGACCACGGAUUCAGCUGUGUGAGGCUCGAGGAGAGAGAGCGAGGAUGGAAGAAGAAGAGCACGAGGUGUACGGCGGAGAGAUCCCCGUGGAGGGCGAGAUGGAGGGCGACCUGGACGCCGCCCACCACGCCGACGUCGACAUGUCCACCGCCGACGACGACGCCGUCAAGGAGCUGGAUGAGAUGAAGAAGAGGCUGAAGGAAAUGGAAGAGGAGGCUGCUGCCCUCCGCGAGAUGCAAGCCAAGGUCGAGAAGGAAAUGGGUGGUGUCCAAGAUCCUGCUAGUGCAGCUGCUUCUCAGGCAAGCAAGGAGGAAGUCGAUUCCAGAUCUGUGUUUGUUGGAAAUGUUGAUUAUGCUUGUACCCCUGAAGAAGUGCAGCAACAUUUUCAAUCGUGUGGUACAGUCAACCGAGUGACAAUUCUUACUGAUAAAUUCGGCCAUCCAAAGGGCUUUGCUUAUGUUGAGUUCCUUGAAGUUGAAGCUGUUCAGGAGGCUCUCGUUCUGAACGAAUCUGAAUUGCAUGGACGUCAGCUGAAGGUUUUGCCAAAACGGACCAAUGUUCCUGGGAUGAAGCAGUACUUCCCAAGACGCUUUAACCCGUAUGCAGGUUACAGGUUCCGGAGGCCGUAUGUACCUCCUUAUUUCUACUCUCCGUAUGGAUAUGGGAAGGUUCCCAGGUUCAGAAGGCCGGCGCGCUACAUGCCUUAUUACUAGAAGUCAUGCAUCGUCUGUUGGCGCUCUCGCAAUUCUUCGAAAAGUGGGUACUUCCACAAUAUGUUCCGUUUCAUUCGGGAGAUGCAUCUAGCGGAACUGCAUGUUCAUUAGACUCUGCUCCUAAAUAUUGUCGACCAAAUGACUUGAGAGAUUAUAAGUCUGGAUUAUUGGCUGUGACUUCUAGACAUUUCUCCGUGAUCAUAGCUAAAAUUUAAAGCAGCUUCGAGAGGCAUGCCUUUUUUCUCUCUUUUCUCA